ACAUGUUAUGCUGUCACCUGAUUACUGAAGUUACCCGCAUAGCAACUGGGGUAAUAGUGCAGCUUUUCCACUUUCUCAAAUUAGUUUAAAAAUAUUUUAUUCGUUAUUAUGGAGGCAACUCUAGAGCAGCACCUCGACGACACAAUGAAAAAUCCUGCUAUUGUUGGGGUUUUAUGUACGGACGCCCAGGGUCACAAUCUUGGAUGCCGUGGCUCCCUGUCUGAUGAGCAUGGAGGAGUUGUGUCUGUUUUGGCUAAACAGGCUGCCUCUCUAGCUAAAGACCCAACAGACUCCCCUACUGUGUGUCUUGAGUCUGACACUGGGAAUGUGUUGGUGAGAACACACGGAACCAUCACAGUAGCUGUACACAAGAUCGUGUCAUGAAGUCUUCUGGUUUUUGCCACUGAACUGUAACUCUGCAUGUACACAUACUCAUGAUCAUUGUUUUUUCAUGAUUUGCUCUGCUUUUAACCUUUUUUUUGUUUUUGAGUGGUUAAGAAAUUUUUCAGUACGUAUAUUGUAUAUUUGUUUGCUAAUGUUUUGAUAACUCAGCUUUUUCAGUUUUUGUUCAUUCAAUAAAUUAUUAAAAAAAAACAAAAAAAACCCCAACAAA